AGGCGUCUACGUGAUGUCUUCUCUCGCCGCUAGGCAGCGUCUGUUUAAAUGAGUUUCCUGGGUUCGUCUCUUCAAGUCCACUCGAACAACAGACACAGUCCACUGGUGUAGAGCUGAGCUUGCAUCGCUCCGGCUGUUGUCCAGUACCGAUCCCCUUUACAUCGCAGACAUGUUCCUGUACGUUCUGGGCCUGGUCGUCCUCUUCUACCUGUUCCGCUGGGCCAGAGAGCUGCCCAGGGUGGGUGACAAGGCCAGCAAGUACGUGUACGUCACGGGCUGCGACAGCGGCUUCGGGAACCUCCUGGCCCGCCACCUGGACAAGGCGGGCUUCCGAGUGAUCGCCGGGUGUUUCACCGAGAAGGGAGAGGAGGAGCUGAGGAAGGCCUGCUCCGGCAACCUGACCGCAACGCAUCUGGACGUGACCUCGAAGGAGAGCGUGGCCAAAGUCGCAGCAAUGAUCCGGGACAAAGUCGGGGAGCGCGGUCUCUGGGCCGUGGUGAACAACGCAGGCGUGGCCGUUCCGUCCGGCCCGUGCGACUGGCACACCCUCGACGACUACAAAUCCAUGCUGGACGUGAACCUGAACGGAGUGAUCGGAGUCACGCUCAGCGUCCUGCCCCUGAUAAAGAAGGCCAGGGGUCGGGUGGUGAAUGUCGCAAGCGUGUUCGGGAGGAUCUGCGUGACCGGGGGCCCAUACCCCGUCUCAAAGUUCGCCGUCGAGGCGUUCAACGACAGCCUGCGGUUCACCAUGGCUCCCUUUGGUGUGAAGGUGCUCUGCAUUGAGCCGGGCUUCUUCAAAACCAGCGUCACAGACAGCGACAUCCACAUGAAAAACGUGGACAAGCUGUGGGCCAAGCUGCCGCAGGACAUCAAAGACGACUACGGGGUGGAAUAUCCCCAAAAGGCAAAAGACGUGAUCAAAGAAAAGGUCUCCCAGAUGAGCGACGGCGACCUGAUGAAGGUGGUCGGCUGCAUGGAGCACGCCGUGUCCGCCGCCUGGCCGCGCAAGCGCUACUCUCCCGGCUGGGACGCCAAGUUCUUCUGGCUGCCGCUGUCGUACAUGCCGACGUGCGUCGUCGACUACAUCUUCCUGAAGAACGCCAUUCCCAUCGCCAAGAAGUUACAGUAGUCAACGGUGCAAUCUCUGUGGACAGUACGCAUGUUAAUAAACCAAGAUGGCUGAAGGACAGGCUCAAGGCCACCUUAUCUGCGGUUCAAGGCAAAUCCUCAGCACUGGUGAUAGUCGGAGCGUUAAAAGGUUAAGGUAGAGCAAUAAAAGGCCAACCUACUUUAAUUGUGAUUAGUAAAAA